AUGUAUGUCGUCAAUGAGAACAACGUGCCGGUUUCAACUCUCGUAGUCUGCGGAGAAGGAUGGAACAAGUGGGUAAGGGAGCUCGAUUCGUCCGACAAACCAGUCGACGCCAUUUGCUCAACCCAGACUACAACAGCAGCAGGUUCAGCGGCAGGACCUUCCAGAACCAUCGAUCUCACCAAACAUUGCAAGUAUCACGACGUCAAAUGGCACGAUACGACAGAGUGCAAGUCACUCUAUGCGCACUACCUCUCAUCCUUAGCAAGUGGCGACUUCAAGUUCGAACCCCUAAAGGCUAAGCCGGAGAACGGCAAGAGCUGGAGCAAGAAUAUAGAAAGGAGAGCCCAGCGCAAAGCUACAGGCAAAGGUCAACAUAGCGAAACUCAACAACGAGAUGACGAGGAGGAUGCUCCGAAGACUAACGGCGAGGCAGACUCCUCGGCCGACGAAGAGCAACCAGCUAACCGCAUACGCAUUGAGGUCGCGACUUCGCAGAGGUGGCCGACUAGGCUGCCAAAUCACCCUUCGAUAACCUUUUUGCCGGAUGACGCUGAGGGGAUUCACGUACCCCACAGCGACCCUCUUCUUGUAGUCCUUGGAAUUGGAGAGUACGACGUCACCAAGGUCCUCAUCGAUACAAGAAGCUCCGUAGACCUCAUCUUCCGAGGAACUCUGCAGAAGAUGGGAGUCGAUCUCGACGACAUCAAACCAUCCUCCAGAACAUUAACCGGCUUCAACGGAUCCUCCGAAACAAUAGUGGGAACAAUCCGCCUUCCGGAAGGCGAAGUACUCGAGUUACCUAUUGACGAUACCGAUCCAAGCCGGACCGCAAGGAUUAGUGCGUAUCUGUCUGAAGAUAUGCAGCAGUCAGUUCUCAACUUUCUCAAGGCGAAUGUGUCCACAUUCGCGUUGUCCAUGUCAGACAUGAAAGGAAUUGAUCCAGCCAUAACAACUCACGAACUAAACGUCGAUCCGACAGUCAAGCCUAUCCGACAGAAGCGACGCAAGCUCGGUCCCGAUAGGCCAAAGGCUGUAAACGAAGAGGUCGACCGGUUGCUCGGUGCUGGCUCAAUUUUUGUGGUGCGCUACCCCGAGUGCUAUCCUCUUCCCAACAUCGACCGUUUAGUCGAGUCCACGGUUGGAAACGAGAUGCUCACCUUCAUGGACACUUUCUCUGGGUACAACCAAAUCAUGAUGCACCCCGACGAUCGCGAAAAAACGGCAUUUAUCACGUAUAGAGGAACCUACUGCUAUAAGGUCAUGCCAUUUGGUUUAAAGAACGCAGGAGCAACCUACCAACGGCUUGUGAACAAAAUGUCCGCAGACAAGCUGGGCGUCACCAUGGAAGUAUACAUCGAUGAUAUGCUUGUCAAGUCGCUACACGCUGCUGAUCACCUCAGUCACUUGCAAGAUUGCUUCGAAACUCUCAACAAAUACGGCAUGAAACUGAACCCAGCAAAGUGCACGUUCGGGGUUUCCUCAGGCGAAGAAGUGCAACGGCUUACGGGUAGGAUAGCUGCACUCAACCGGUUCAUCUCCAGAUCCACCGACAAAUGCUUGCCAUUCUACGACCUCCUGCGAGGUAGCAAAAGGUUUAUCUGGGAUGAGAAAUGCAAGGAGGCAUUUAUCCAACUCAAGCAUUAUCUGACAACACCACCUGUUCUCGCCAAGCCAGAUAUCGGAGACGUUCUAUCUCUUUACGUCGCAGUGUCACAAGUAGCAGUCAGUAGCGUUCUAAUAAAAGAGGACCGUGGUGAGCAAAAGCCAAUCUUCUACACAAGCAGGCGCAUGACCGGACCAGAAACGCGAUACCCAACUCUGGAGAAAAUGGCACUGGCAGUCGUCGAAGCGGCGAGAAAGCUUCGCCCUUACUUUCAGUCACAUUCGGUUGAAGUAUUAACAGACCAGCCCCUCCGAACAAUACUUCAAAAUACAAACAGGUCCGGAAGACUAACGAAGUGGGCUAUCGAACUCGGUGAGCUUGAUAUCACUUACAAGAACAGAACCGCAACGAAAUCUCAGGUUCUCGCAGACUUCUUAAUCGAAUUGGCCCCGGAGUUAGAGCAAGAUCUCACACUUCCAAACCCAAACUGGACACUGCAUGUCGACGGAUCUUCGACUAACAAGGGCGCUGGUGCUGGAGUUCAACUGCAAUCCCCGACCGGCGAACUAAUCAGGCAUUCUUUUAGCUUCGGCUUUCCAGCCUCAAACAACGAAGCAGAAUACGAAUCUUUGAUCGCUGGACUCCGCUUAGCAAAAGCUAUCAAGACCAAACGCCUAAGCGCCUACUGCGACUCGCAGUUAUUCGCCCGUCAGUUUAGCGGCGAUUACGACGCCCGCAACGAUCGGAUGGACGCCUACCUCAAGAUAGUACAGGGUUUAGCCGCAUAG